AUGAGUAUUGAAGUGAAAUCGGAAGGUGCAUUUAUUGCCAAAAGGCAUUUUCAAAGUCAUAAAAAUGGCGGCGGCGGCACUUACGGCGGCAAUAGAAUGAACGGAAACAGAACGAAUCCGUCAACUGUCAAUGUCAGUGAUGGCGGCAAUAGUAGUGCAUCGGCGAGAAAUAAAAUAAUUCGUUGUUACAAGUGCAAGCAGAUUGGACAUUUUAAAAAUCGAUGUCCUCACACAGAAAAAGUAAAAACGAAUGCAUUUAGUGUAUUUCUCACAAAAGGAUUUAGUCAAACCGACUGGCACUUGGAUUCCGGCGCAAGUACUCAUUUGGUUUCCAACAAGAAUUUGCUGUCAAAUAUUUGUUUUCAACCGAAGAUUAAGGAGAUUAUCGUGGCGAAUAAAACGAUAGUGCCUGUUGAAUGUUCAGGGGAUUUGGAGAUUACGACGUGUGUCGAAGCACGAGAUGUUAUUACAGCCAGAGAUGUCGUGGUCAUGGAGAACACAGAUGACAGCUCCGCGACAACCAUCACUAUUGAUGAGAGCAGACCACCCAAAGAAGCAGAAGAGGAACACGACUCUGUUAGUGAGGAACAGGAUACCAGUGACAACCCGAUGGAUGAGACAUUCAUACCGAAUGAAUCUUCUAAUGACACUGAUGAUAGUUACUGUGAUACUUUAUCACCAGAUGACCUGGAUGUCCUCCCCACGCAAUGUGACACUAAUUUGCCUGAAAAAGCAAGCAUGUGUGUGGAAAUAGCGGGUGAAGAGCUCACUAUUAAAAGUGAAUAUCGUAAAAUGCCAAGACUGUUUAUGAUGGAUGACUAUAAAGAAUGCAUGUUGGAGACUGGAGGAACCUACUGUGUGGCGACCUUCGACCUUCAUUCUAGAGGUCAUUCUGAUCUCAUGCGGUUUAUAAGGUCUUACGACGACCCAUUAAAACAAUUUCUAUUCAAUGGAACGUUGGUCACUCAUACAUUCUUUGUAAUGUCUGGUUUCCUGCUGACAUACAAUCUACAGAUUCACUCAGAGAAAACUCAGAUAACAUGGAGUCAUAUACCAAAAGGCAUUUUAUUGAGGUGGAUCAGGCUAACCCCACCGUACGCGCUGGUAAUAGCGACAAUAGCCACAUGGAUGCGUCACAUAGGAAGUGGACCUCUGUGGAAGCUAGUGGUCACAAGCGAGUCCAAUUAUUGUCGUAAUUAUUGGUGGGCAAAUAUAUUUUACUUCAAUAACUACGUGUACCAGGACGAUCUAUGUUUCCCUCAAGGAUGGUAUUUAGCAGCAGACACCCAGCUUUUCUGCUUGGGCCUAUUUUUAUUUGUAAUGGUCCAAGGCCCGAAGGCUCGGAAGAUAAUGCUUUCAAUCCUAUUCCUCUUAUCACUAGUCAUCACGGCUUCUUUAACAUAUUUCCAAGAUUUGGAUCCUGUUGUCAUACAGUCCCCUGAGACGUACAGAAGUUACUAUGUGAAUGAUAAAACUUUCAAAUUGAAGUAUAUCCCUGGACAUACAAAUCUCUCUACAUAUUCUUUGGGUUUAGCUGGAGGUUUUCUUUCUUAUCAUUGGCAGAUGAAAGAAAUAGAUUUAUCCAAAGUUAAGAUGUUUACCGCCCCAUACUGGAAUGGAAAGGAUUUACGUGGGCUGGUCGCGUCUCCUAUAGCGCCUUCUUAUUGCAUACCAUAUUUCAGAGGGCCUAUGCUGGAGCACAAACAAAGGAACUAA